GAGGUAUAAAAGAGACGGAGGACAGUUCAGUAGAAGAAAAAGCUCAAGAGGAGGAGAGACAUGUGAAAGAACUAUCUGCAAAAGGAGAAAGAAGAUUUUCAAGUUUAAAAUAAAAAAUCAGAAGCUCUGUACCAAGGGUUCAUUUUUCAAAAGGUGCCUUUGCUGCUUUUCUCUUGGACUUGCUGUAGAGAAACACAUACAAGAGAAAGGUCCAGUGUGGAGGCAGAGUGUGAAAAUGUCACAGAGGCCUCUUCUCAUCUUCCUGGGAAUCACCGCAGCCAGUCUUCUAACAGUUCAAGGAUCAUGGAGAGGAGAGUCUCUCCAUCACUCUGAUGACAACUAUGAGUGGACCACAUGGUUCAAUGUUGACCACCCAGGAGGUCGAGGAGACUACGAGCAGCUGGAUGCCAUUCGCUUCUACUAUCGCACCAGAGUAUGUGAGACUCCACGAGCAAUUGAAGCUAGAACCACGGAAUGGGUCCCAGCCCGUGAAACCGGGGAGAAGAUACAUGCCGACCCAACAAUAGGAUUCUGGUGUCUCAAUGAAGAGCAAAGUCCUGGACGCAACUGCUCUAACUAUGCAGUUCGUUUUCUAUGUCCAAAAGAAAGAAGUGUGAACAUUCAGGGAACCUGGGGUCUGUGGUCAAACUGGAGCCCAUGUCCUGCUCUCUGUGGUCAAGUUGGUGUGCAACUUCGCUAUCGAAGCUGCCAGUCUCAUUCAGUUCCUUGCAAUGGGCCUAAAAUAGAAGGGAAACCAUGCAAUGGGCCUGAGUGCAUGAAGACAGAUUGUUAUCUGCAGUGUGUGAUGGGGAGAGUAAAUGCUGACUGUGACGCUUGCAUGUGUGAAGAGCACACCCUUUUGGGUUCUGUGCGAGGUGCAGGUGGUCUGAUUGCUGAGGGGGCAGCCAUUCUUCGCUCAGGCAAACUCCUUACCCUCACAGACCACAACGGACAUUUCCGAAUCCCUGGAAUCUGCCCCGAUGGUAACACAACCUUGACAAUCAGACUGCUGGGGCAUGCAACUCUUGAUGUUGUUGUGCCCAUCACCAGUGAGCGGACCUCGGUUCUAAGUGUGCAGCUUAAAAGAGAAGAUAAGCUUCAUGUUGUGAGCAACCCUGAGAGUAAAGCCAGAAGAGAGGGACAAAGUGUUGCCUUCUGCUGCAAAGUAACUGGAACGCCGCCACCAGACAAAUACCAAUGGUAUCAUAACAACAGUCUCAUGGAGAUGCAAUACGAAAGCACGCUUGUCCUGAAAGAUUUACGUCCAGAUCAAGCAGGAGAGUACUACUGCAGGGCAAGUGGUCCGUCUGGUGCAGUUAAAACCAAACCAGCAUCUCUAAAAAUUAUAGGAGGAGACGAGCAUUCAUGCAACCCCAAGCCCGAAUCUCAUCUCAUUCGUCUUCCACAUGACUGCUACCAAAACAGCACAAACUCCUUCUACUACGAUGUUGGCAAAUGCCCCUCAAAUACAUGUGCUGGACAGCUGGAUAAUGUCAUCAGGUGCAAAGACAACGUAGCGUACUGCUGUGGUGUGGCAAAGAUGGAAGAGAGGCAGCUGACAUGUCAAGGCUACCAGCUGCCCACCAUGGUGGUGACAGAAUGCGGCUGUCAGAAAUGUGUGGACACCAAGGCUGUUGUGUAUGGCCGUGCCAUUGCAGCAGACAAUGGUGAGCCAAUGAGAUUUGGCCACAUCUAUAUGAAUGGAGUCAGGAUUGGCCGUACUGGGUACAAAGGCACCUUUACUGUCCAGGUUCCCCCAGACACUGAAAGACUAGUUCUGACGUUUGUUGACAACAUGCAGAAAUUUGUUAACACUACAAAGGUGCUCCCAUUUAAAACUAAGGGGGGAGCUGUAUACCAUGAAAUCAAACUUUUACGGAAGAAAGCUCCUGUGACCAUUAUUUCCUCAGAAACUAAUACUUUUGAUCUAGGAGAGGUAGAUGGCCAAGAGGCAAUGGUCCAAAUCCAGAUUCCCCCUAAUUCAUUCUAUAAGCAGAACGGAGAAGUCUUUACUGGGAACGUCAAUGCAAGUAUUACAUUCUUAGACCCGAGAGAUGUCUCUACUGCUGCUGCUGCUUCAAGUGACCUUAAUUUUAUAGGAGGUGAGGGUGAUGUACUUCCACUGAGAACCUAUGGCAUGUUUUCUGUUGACUUUAGAGGGGAAGAAAAUGAUGAACCUCUAAAUGCAGGUGAAGUGAAGGUUUUUCUGGACUCUGCUCAGGUAAAGAUGUCAGAGCACCUCAGCAACAUGAGGCUGUGGUCACUGAAUCCUGAAACUGGCCUGUGGGAAGACGAGGGAAUUCUCCAGCUGGAAAAGAAAAAGAGAAGCAAAAGGGAGGAGAGAACAUUUUUGAUCGGAAACAUGGAAAUCAGAGAAAGGCGUCUGUUUAACCUGGACGUUCCUGAAAACCGCAGGUGUUAUGUAAAAGUAAGAGCUUUCCGCAGUGAGCGUUUCAUGCCUACUGAGCAGGUAGAAGGAGUUGUGGUGAGUCUCAUAAACAUGGAACCAGUAGCUGGCUUCUCCUCGAAUCCACGUGCCUGGGGCCGUUUUGAUAGCGUUGUUACUGGCCCAAAUGGGGCUUGUCUUCCAGCCUUUUGUGACAAACAAAAACCUGAUGCUUAUUCUGCAUAUGUAAUGGCCAACCUCGGGGGUGAGGAGCUGGAGGCUGGGUCCUCUUCUCCUAAACUUAAUCCUGGCCUCAUUGGAGUACCACAGCCUUACCUGACAAAACUCAACUACAGGCGGACUGAUCAUGAAGACCCUAGAGUAAAGAAGACAGCAUUUAGUAUCAACGUGGCAAAACCAAGUUCUAAUGCUGCCGAGGAAUCCAAUGGACCAGUGUAUGCAUUUGAAAAACUAAAAGAAUGUGAGGAAGCCCCAUUCAGUGCAGCUCAUUUCAGGUUUUCAAGAGUUGAAGGAGACCGUUAUGAUUACAACACUGUGCCAUUUAAUGAAGACGACCCAAUGAGCUGGACGCAAGACUACCUGAGCUGGUGGCCCAAGCCCAUGGAAUACCGCGCCUGUUACAUCAAGGUUAAAAUAAACAGUCCGCAUGAAAUCAAUGUAAGGUCUCGUAACAUGGGUGGCACUCAUCCAAAAACUGUGGGCCAGCUGUACGGUCUCAGAGACACUCGCAGCAUUCGUGAUAUGGAACAGGCAAAUGUUUCAACCGUGUGUCUGGAGUUUAAGUGCAGUGGCAUGCUGUAUGAUCAGGAGCGUGUGGAUCGUACUCUGGUGAAGGUGAUCCCUCAAGGUAGUUGUAAGAGGGACCAUGUGAACUCAAUGCUUCAGGAUUAUUUGGUGAACCACCUACCUCUAGCAGUCAACAAUGACACCAAUGAGUUUACCAUGUUGGCACCUCUAGACUCUCUGGGCCACAACUACGGAAUCUACACAGAGACGGAACAGGAUCCUCGUACAGCGAAAGAGAUUGCUCUUGGGCGCUGCUUUGAUGGCACUUCUGAUGGUACAUCUCGGGUCAUGAAAACUAAUGAGGGCGUGGCGCUAACUUUUACUUGUGGGGACCGUGAAGUGACACGCCAGAGUGUCUUUCAAGCUAUGCAGAACUCUCAAAGUCAGAUAGUUACAAGUGUUGCCAGAGGAGACAACAGGAAAACCAAACGUCGACAGAGAGCCAACCUAUCCCGCAGGAGCAGUAAACGUAGCCCCAGAAAUCCUAAACGAGGGUCUUAACAAGGUAGAAGAUAAGUGACUCUACCCAUAGACCAGG